AUGAGCAAGCGUGAUGGCGCCGGCCUCCCCAUCAUCCGCGUCAACAGCACGUCAUUACCACUAUCAUGCCUCCGCACCGAGGGCGCCAAGAGAGGCGGCAUCCUGGCGGCCAGCAUCUACUUGGACAAGAAUCACCUGGGGGAGUCGUCGUGGAGCGUGUUACGGGACCUGGGCCGCGCCCUCAGGGCAUCGGGGAGAUCGUUCGUGGUCGGAGGCGACUUCAACGUGGGCCCUGACAUCUUCACCGACAAAGCGCGGUGCUGGCUCGAGGGCGUGCGCGGCCAGGUCGUCAGCAACUUCGUCCGCCAGGGCACCUGCUUCUUUGCCAAGGAUGCCCCGCCGUCGGAGCUGGACUUCUACAUCGCGUCGCUCGACCUGGCCCACAGGACCAGGAGUUGCAAGAUCAUCGACGACCCGUGCUGUCGCCCUCUCGCGGAAGCAAGGGGGCGAGAAGCCGCGGGAGAGGCGCCUGGAUGCACCGAGGCCCUUUUUCCCAGGGAGAAGCCCGUGGGGCCUGCGCAGGAGGCCCCGCAGGUGGAUGCUGAGGUUAGGGCGUCAUGCGAGAUGGCGUGCUCCCAGGACGAGUUGGCCAGGGCCUUCCUGGGGAUCAUUGGCCACGUGGAGGAGGAGCUGCUCCAGGUAUUCCACAUCGACCCUGAGGACGCCCACAAGAUGCCCAAGGCCGUGAGCCUGACGGCCCCUCUGGCGCCCCCCGCAGCCCGUGCAGCCUGGGCCGACGCCAUGGAAGCUGAGGCCAAUGCGCUCACCGACGCUUUCCGCUCGAGCCAGGCCAGGGGCUUCGCCGACUGGAGCGCGCGCUCCAUGCGGGCUGGGGGCGGCGCCGUCCACGCGUACCGCCGUGGGCCCCAGGGCUGGUUGCCAGACGAGAUCGUGGACGGCGCCCCUGUGGGCGGUCAGGACAGGGUCGAUGCCGUCGCCAGGUUCUGGUCCCAAGAGGUCUGGACCUUGAAGGACGCAGCGGCCGCGGCGACGCCUACGCUGAGACCGCCGACUGGGCCUUCGAUGGCACGGCCCUCGCUGGAGCGUGCGCGUCGGGCGGCAAAGCAGCUCGCCAGGCGCACGGGCGCGGGAGCAGACCAGUUCAGCCCGCGGCUCAUCGUCGAGACCAGCGACCCGUGCAUCGAGUGCCGCAUCGACCUCGGCAUAGCGUGUGAGCGGCUUGAACGGUUUCCCUCGGCGGCGCGGCUGGUGCACCUCGUGAUGCUUCUCAAACCAGCUGGCGGCUUCCGCCCGAUCGGCCGUUUGACCUGGCCGCCACGAUGGCGGGCGCGCGUCCGUCAGGAGGAGAGCCGCGCAUGGGAGGCACAGCUUCUCCAGGAGAAGAUCAGCAACUUCUGGGGCGGCCAGGGCAAGGCGGCCGAGGGGGCCAUCUGGCGGCAGGCCCUCCACAAUGAGGAUGCGGAUGGUCGGGGCCUUUGCUCUGGCGGCGCGCUGCUGGACCUCUGGAACGCCCGCGAGGGCUACCCGCUGGCGCUCACGGCGGCGGCGCUCAGCAUCUACGAGGGCCCCAAGAGGAUCGUCCUAGACGGCAUCGUCUCCGAGGCCUUCCUCCUCGCCACGGGGCUGGUGGCUGGCCGCGGGCACGCUGGGCGUCUGCCGCGGCGCUGCAUGGCCAUCAUCGACGCCGAGCACCGCAGGAUGUACAAGGAGGUGCCCCUCGCCAUCACGUUCGACGACUGCUCGCUGCGCAUGGCGGGCACUGAGGCAUCAGACAUCGGAGCGGUGGUCUCCCGCGGCAAGAGCGAGAUCCUCGACAGCUCCGACAAGCUGCGCUGCGCCAUCGAGCUCAACGUUGGCGAGGGGGUUCAGCAGGUACGAGGAUCGUCCAAAGUUGUUGGCAUGAAGCUGACCAACUCGGGGCUGAAGCCAGUCGCGAUCUACGGCAUCGCGUGCAUGGCUUGGCCCACCAAGGCGCCGCUGGGCUGGCGUUCGCGGUUGGCGGCGGUCGCGUUCGGCACGGGUGCGGGCAGGAGCAUCUCGCUCAGCUACCUGGUGUCGCCCAGGCCAUGGGACGACCCCCUCUUUGACCACAUCGUGAAGCCCAUCGUGGCAUGGGCGAAGGGGCUGCAGCUGGCGCUGGCGUCUGACAGGCGAGCCCUCGGCUCAGCCCUCGCGGCGGCGUGCGGUCGCCUGGGGGCCUCGGGUGCCGAGGACCUGGCUGGCCGCGGCCCUGCCGCCGCGGCGGUGCUCGCUGCCGUGCGUCUCGGCUGGGGCGCGGACCACACCAGGCGCUGGACCGACGACCCGAAGCGGCCCAUCGACAUGGGUGUUUCCGGAGCUGGAGAGCUGCUGGCGGCUGCUGAGACGCUGGCCCACUCUCUGCCGCCCGUGCACAUGCACAGCGACUCUCAGCUCAUGUUAGAUGGCUGGGAGGCGGGCGAGGAUUGGUGCGUGUGCUGGAACCGUCCGUACAGCGAGAGUUGGCAAUUCUUCUGGAGUCGCGCCCGUGACGCAGGAUGCGAGAAUAUCCACAUUUCGAAGGUGAAGGGCCAUGCUUCGAUGAAUGAUGUUCACAGUGGAGUCAUCACGCUGUGGCAGAGGCAGGGCAACAGACUGGCCGGCGCCAGCGCAAAACAAGGUGCGAGCGUCCACCCCUUCUGGCCAGCCCACGCCGAGGCCGCCACAGUCGCUGCCGAGUGGGGGGUGGGUCUUGGUCGGUGGGCGGGAGUGGCCGCGCAGGAGGGGGACAGUUGGCUCAGGGCCGAGGAUGGCUUUGAAGCGCCUGGCCUCAGCCUUGUGCGUUGUUCGGUCGAGGGCUCCAGAAACGCUAGUUAG